CUGCCAGGGGAGAGAUGUUUGCUUUUCCAGUAAAUGUGUGGGUGAGGGAAGGGUUAAGUGUACCGGAGUCUGGCUCCGAGCAGGCUGAGUGACGUUUCCCUUGAUGAUGUUUCAAGGAGUUUUGGAAAUACAUCCGCUACUAAGAAAUACUUGAGGUUGGCUGUAACAUGAAGCUACUCUUCAGGUCAUGUCACAUAAACAGAAAAUAAACUGCCUGCUCUUACAAUAGAGAUUGAGGCUACACCAUGCUGUCGCCUGCACAGGAGUCGGCACUGAGCUGGGGACUUGCGCUAGGAGUGAUAUGCAGGGCCAUACUGCUGCUAAUGGUUAUCCAGGGGUCGGCUUUACAACUCGUUGCCAAUGAGAACUGCCCCGGCGCUGAGUGGAGCAUCAUGUGUCGUGGCUGCUGUGAGUAUGAUCAGAUUAGCUGCAAGUGUCCCAGCCAGGGGGAAGUGGUUGGCUAUGCCGUGCCAUGCUGCCGGAAUGCAGAAAACGAGUGUGAUCCCUGCAUCAUCCACCCAGGCUGCAGUAUAUUUGAGAACUGUAAGCACUGCCACAAUGGAACCUGGGCGACCCGGGAUGAUUUCUUUAUCAAGGGGAAGUACUGCUCUGAGUGCAGGAGAGGCUGGUCAGGAGGAGGCUGCAUGAAAUGUGGUGGCGUUAUUAAUGCACCAAGAGGUCAAAUUGUGCUUGAGAGCUAUCCCAUUAAUGCUCGCUGUGAAUGGACAGUGCAUGUUGAUCCUGAAUUCACCAUUCAUUUAAGGUUCACAAUGCUCAGCCUGGAGUUCGAUUACAACUGUCGCUAUGACUAUGUGGAGAUACGGGACGGGGACAGCGUUGACUCUCGUGUGAUUGGUAGAUUCUGUGGAAAUGGGAGGCCUGCUACAAUCAGGAGCACUGGAAGCUCUCUACACAUCCUCUUCGUGUCGGAUGGAUAUAAAAGCUUUGAUGGGUUUCAUAUCACUUUUGAAGAAAAUUCUGCCUGCUUGUCCUCGCCCUGCCUCCAUGACGGGACAUGUCUCCUGGACACCGCUGUCUCCUUUAGGUGUGCCUGCCUUGCUGGCUAUACAGGCAAACAGUGCGAGAACAUGGUGAUGUGCAGGACCCCUCCGGUACCAGCCAAUGGAAUGAGGGAGGGAAGCGACCUCCGAUUCGGGGGGCAGGUGACCUUUCGCUGUGACCCUGGCUUCACCCUCAUUGGCACUCACAUGGCCACUUGCCAGCUGGAUGGUACCUGGAGCGCUGAGCCACCACGCUGCGUCCCUGAGAAGAAGCACUGUGCUGAUCCCGGGAGGCCUCUGAAUGGCUUCCACCUGCUUGUGUUCGGCCCAGGAGACACCCUCAUAGCUGUGCAGUUCUUCUGUAACAGCUCCUACACCCUGAGUGGAAACGUUCAGCGCACUUGCCAACCUGAGGGGACCUGGAGCGGCACACAGCCCCAGUGUGUCAAAGUCCCUGAGAAGAAGCAAUGUGGUGAUCCAGGGAGGCCCCUGCAUGGCUUCUAUCUGCUGGCAUUGGGCUCACGAGGGGAGCCCAUCGGCGCCCGCUUCUUCUGUAACAACUCCUACAGCCUAAGUGGAAAUGCCCAGCGCACCUGCCAGCCUGAUGGGACAUGGAGUGGCAAACUGCCCCAAUGUAUCAGAGCUUGCCGAGAACCCAAGGUCUCUGACCUGGUGAGACAAAAGGUCUUGGCCCCACAACUCCCCUUCAGGAAUACCCCCUUGCACAAACUCUACUCCUCAUCCUCCAGCCUGGUGAAGCACCAGAAACAGGUCCUCCCAAGCAAGGCCCCUCCUGUGCUGGGGGAGCUUGCCCCUGGUUUCCACCACCUCUACACCCAGCUGCAGUACGAGUGCACCUCCCCCUUCUACCAGCAUACCGGAAGCACCAGGCGCACCUGCCUCAAAACGGGCAAGUGGAGUGGCCGCCACGCCACCUGCCUUCCAGUUUGUGGUAAACUCCCAAACUUCAACCUCCAGAAGCUGGCUGACACUCAGUGGCCCUGGCUGGCAGCCGUGUAUCGGCGCUCCGCCACGGGCUUCAAGGACGAGAGUAUCAAGCAGGACACUUGGCAGCUGACCUGCAGCGGGGCUCUGAUUAACCAGCGCAGUGUCCUGGUGGCAGCCCACUGUGUUACAGAACUCGGCAAACUUAACGUCAUCAAGGCAGCUGAUAUCCGUGUGCUCGUGGGCAAACACCACCAAACUGACUCCAGGGAGCUCAAGAGCCAGCAGCAACUGCAGAUCUCUGCCAUCCUGGUCCACCCUAACUAUGACCCCUUGGUGCUGGACUCGGACCUGGCGGUGGUCAAGUUGCUGGACAAGGCCCGGCUCAGCGAGAGAGUGCAGCCAGCCUGCCUCCCCGGGUCCCACAAUGGGGAGGGCACUGAGGCGCAGGGCUUUGUCACUGGAUGGUCCAUCCUGAGUCACGAGAAUGAGACGGUGCGGGUGGGCGCCAUUGAGCUGGGUGACGCCGUGGCGUGCGAGCGUCAGUAUGCCCAGAAUGGCAUCUCAGUGAGCGUCUCCGACAACAUGUUCUGUGCCAGGGAACACCCUCACGGCUUCUCCAACAUCUGCCCCUCUGACACUGGGGGCAUUGCUGUGGCGACAGCCACCUCGUCCUCGUCGCCAGGUGGGCAGCAGCAGUCCGGGGUGGUCUGGCGUCUGUUAGGACUUGUGAGCUGGGGAUAUGAACAAGCCUGCAGCCCCGGGCUCUACACAGCAUACACGAGAGUUGCCAGUUUCAAGGACUGGAUAGAGAAGAACAUGAAAUAAUAAGACCUUCUUUCUCCUAAAAUAUGUCUGCAUGGACUGGGGUUUAUUCCUGUCCAUAGACUACAAGAAGGCAUGAUACAACCACAGAAGAGAUCAGGUCUGACCUCAGUAAUUGGCCCUGUAUUUGGUUUUAGGAAUAUUCAAGCCAUUAUUGCCAAUAGUGCAAAACAAGAUAGAACAUAGGAUAGGAGGCAUUCAGUACAUUCAGUACAGGCAGAAGAUAGGAGGCAUUCAGUACAUACUUUCCAAGUGACAUGGUGGGUCCCAGAUAAAAUAAACAUUCAGUAGUACUGAAAUUAUUCUAAUGAAGACUUUAGCGUAGCAUUAGUACGAGCAACAGUAUCACUUGUCUCUUAUGUUGUAGACCUUUUAAUUAAUUUUUAGUUUUUAUGUUUGUAAUUUGAGGAUAUGCAUAUAUUUCAUUUCUGAUUAAUUAAAGUUUCUGCUGCUUUCUGUUUCCUAUUCAUUCUAGUUCUUUAGUCCAAACAUUGCGGGGGUAAUGAUAAUUUUGCUUAUGCUGGUAAUAAGUAACAAUGUUUAAAAAUGUUGUUGUCCAUUGAACUGGUUUGGAACAAUUUUGGUGUGUAUUUUCAAUUUAUUUAAUCAAUGCUUUAUAAAGCGAAUGCAUUGAGUUAGAUCUCACUUAUUUUGUAUUUGUAGUUUAUUAAAUCCAGCACAGUAAAAACUGUACCAGUUAAUACAUAUAGUGAUGGUUAAACCUCUUAAGAAUCAAUAGACACACACCACUGUGUUGUUUGUAAAGGUAACAAUUAUCCUGCCCUAGCUAUUCUAUUGCAAAAAAAAAAAGAAAAAAGCGAACUCACUUCCAGUACUGAAGUGUUGUUCUGGUUCAAACACCAUGAAUGAAAUGUGCCUUUCAAUACAGUCCUUAAUAAAGGGUGUGUGUCAUACAGUAUGCCUGAAACUUUAUAUUAUACAGUACACAUGGGAGACUUCACAUUAUAAUCUGGGAUUUUUAAUAAAGUCUCUUGUGGCUUCUUUAAAUCAUGGAGGCUGUGCUAAAUAAUGACUUCACACUGAUGUUUUUUAAAACCGAAGUUAACUUAAGGAGUAAGUAGUGGGGUUAUGAAAAAUAUAGCAUUACACAUCCCCACGUGUUACUACAACUGUUUAAAUAUAGCGUUACAUGUCCCCACGUGUUGCUACAACUCUUUAAAAUAACAUACCUGUAACUUUUCUUGUCAUUGUUUACAUCCUGACAACUUUUUACACUUAUAACUUUAAAGUCUGUUUCAAAGCUCUUUUCAAAAUGUCCGCUCUAGUACACUAAAUAACUACAGGAAAACAAAACAAAAAACCCAAGUGUAAUAAUCCUUACACUAUCAAUGCACUAGAGCAGGCAUUUUGAAAAGAGCUUUCAAGCACUUUAAAGUUAUGUGUAAUAAGUUGUCAGGAUGUUAACAAUGAAAAUACAAAUUACUGGUGCGUUAUUUAAACAGUUGUAGCAGCACGCUAUAUUUUUCGGAACCCCGCUACUUACUCUUUAAAGGCAACAAUAAUCAGUGUCACUGACUUGAACUAUUUGAAGAAUUGCCAUGUAUGUCUUUGAUUUAGAAACCCAACUGUGUACAACAUCCUCUGCUGUCUCUCCCCGCAUGGCUCCAGCUGUGUUUACAUUGUCUUUAUGAUUAUCAGUUUAGACAUUACUCCCCGGUAUUGCUAUCUGCUGUACUUUUCCAGUACUACACCACACAGCAAAAACCACCUGAAUUCAUGACCUCGUCUGAAAUGCUAUACAGAGGGAGGUUCAACCAGAAAUAGGUCCCAUAGAUUCAUUGUGUUAUUAAUUUGAUGUGUCUAUCAGUUGAAUACAGUAAACCAGAAUAUGCAAUUAUGAGGAGCAGGUUUAGAAGAUGUGCUUUACUAUAUUAUGCAGUUCACAAAGCAAUGAUCAGGUAUAUAUUUAGGUGCAAUAGCUUAAACUAACUUUAACCAAAUGUUGUUGAUAACUCUUUAGAUCAAACUAUGUAGAUUUUUCUGUGUGAACCUUCUUGUAACCUAUUAAGUUCUAAUUGUAAUUGAUUGAGUUGUCGACCUGUAAAUAAAUUGUAUUGUGUUAUUCUAA